AUGAGCCAUCGCGACCAGCAGCAAGAGCGCCAAGUUGACCAUGCCAACGACAUAACCGAGAUCGAGGCCCCCGUCGAGCGCAUAGUCGUAAAGCCCAAGGGGACCAGCACAACCCCCGAACCAUCAACUCCCGGCUCAAGCAUUCAUGGCAGACUCCACGGCACUCCCGAGGUCAUCGACGAUGGAGGGGUCGUACACCAGUAUGAAGAAAGAGAAGGGUCGAGAAAGGGCAGGUUCGCAUACUUGAGAACAAGAGAUUUCUGGAUUGUGCUCUUGCUCACCCAGAUCAUUGCCCUGGCACAGACGGGAACAAAUACCUUGACCUCCUUGAUCAAUGCUCGAGGCACGAGUAUCCCGGCUUUCCAGACCUUCUUCAACUACGUCCUGCUGAAUGUGGUAUACACCUCCUUCACCCUGUACAGAUACGGUUUUGCCAAAUGGACCAAGAUGCUUGUCAAGGACUCGUGGCGAUAUUUCAUACUCGCUUUCUUGGAUGUCGAAGGCAACUACUUCAUUGUCCUGGCCUACAAGUACACCAACCUCUUAUCUGCACAGCUUUUCAGCUUCUGGACCGUCGUCGUAGUCGUAGUGAUUUCACUUGUUCUUCUGAAAGUGCGCUAUCACCUCGCACAGUACGGAGGCAUCGUACUCGCAUGCGGAGGCUUCGCACUGCUCAUCGCCAGUGACUAUCUGACUGGCUCCAAUUCGUACGCUCCCACAAACGCUCUGAAGGGCGAUCUCUUUUGUCUGUUGGCUCAAACUUUGUACGGCUUCAGCAACACGUUUGAGGAAUUCUUGGUUUCGAAAAAGCCAAUGUACGAGGUCAUAGGGCAACUGGCCUUCUGGGGCAUGUUCAUCAACGGCGUACAGGCUGCCAUCUUUGAUCGUGAAUCUAUCAGAGACGCGCACUGGGAUGGACAAAUCAUCGGAUAUAUUGUUGGUUACACUCUUCUUCUCUUCAUCUUCUACUCUCUGGCACCUAUCGUGUUCCGCAUGAGCAGCGCUGCUUUCUUCAACAUCGGCUUGUUGACUGGCACUUUCUGGGGCAUUGUCGUUGGUACUCAAGUUCUGGGCUACCACAUCCACUACCUUUACCCCAUCGCCUUCGUCCUUAUCAUCCUCGGUCACUUCGUCUACUACGGCACUGAAGGUGUGUUGGGAGAAGCCAAGAAGCCGUGGCUUGGUGAGAACCAGGAACUGGGUGAAAGUGGCAUCGGUACGGCCAGACGCAGGGCUGAGCACCCCAACGCCAUUGUCUGA